AUGCGGUGUACUUGUUGGUUUAAUUAUAAAUUAAUUUAUAAGCCUGGAAGUUCUAUGGGGAAAGCGGAUGCUUUGUCCAGAAGAGAGGAUCAUGCCAACAGCAUAGAAUAUGACAACAAAGGUGUCACCCUGAUAGACCAAUCAAGGGUUGCCAAUGUUAGAAUUAGGCAAGAUUCAGAUCUUCUGGAAGUCUUCAAGAAAGUCAUCUCCUCAGAAGAAAAGGCUUGCCUUGAUGGCAAUGAAAACUAUUUAUGGGUAGAUGGGCUCUUCCAUUUUAAGGACAAAAUCUAUGUGCCUGAGUCUACAAGAAUCAAGGCAAUCAAAUGGGUGUGA